AUGACCAACUGGAACAGCCCCGACGUAAUAGCCAGCAACGGAGUUUCAUUCAGUAGGCUUGUGCAUGCGUUUGUUGGACUCUACAUCUGGGAAUGGUUUCUUUUCCUCGAUGUGGACUGGAUGUAUGUCAAGAUUAUCAAACGCUACCCGCUAUCUCCGAUGAUGUUCUACUUCAUGAACCGUUAUUGCCUCCUUGCUGCGUUGAUCAGUGUGGUGAUAGCACUCAACGUUGAAAGCGAGAUCAACUGCCAGCCCUUAUAUGCCUUCAUGAACGCAAGUCAAUAUUACAGAUUAAAUGCAAACCUUUCGGCUUACGAGGACUUCAGCUACUUGGUAACAUAG